GACUUUCCAACAUUUCAAACAGACCCAUCAAUUUCCGAUCCAACGAUACGCAAACUAAGGAACAUUCACGGGAUUAUCCUAUCGUUCUGGUUCUAACUGAACUUGUACUUGAAACUGUUACGCUGUACUAUUUUGCCACGCUACCGCACGUCUUGCUAUUUCUGCCGUUUCCUAUUACGAUUGCAAACCCAUUCAUUUCUGACAACUACGCGUACAAAUGCCACGUCCAGUUAACACUCGCCGAUACAGACGUGCAGUUCACACUGCAAAGCUUAAAGCCAGGUCAGAGCUUGGCACAUCUUCGCCCCAGUGGUGGCACUGCAACUUUGCCAAAACGUUUGAUCUGUCACCCGACAGUUUCGAAGAUACCUGUCCUAGAAUCGACGCACGUGAAGUGGCAUUUGAGCAGUUUCGAUCUGAUUUUGAACAACCUAAUAAACCAGUUGUGAUCCAAAACGAUCAACAAAGGUGGCGUGCGAAUAAGAAAUGGACUUUAGACCGACUGGCUAGAAAGUACCGAAACCAGCGUUUCAAAUGCGGUGAAGAUGAUUCAGGCACCUCAGUCAAAUUGAAAAUGAAGUACUUCGUGCAAUACAUGCGCGAAAACGAAGACGAUAGUCCACUGUAUAUUUUCGAUGCGAAUUUUGGCGAGCAUCCUAAACGGAAAAGGUUGUUAGAUGAUUACGUGGUUAGCAAAUAUUUCCCGGAAGAUUUAUUCAGCUUCGGCGAUCCAAAACGACGUCCACCACACCGUUGGUUUGUCAUGGGUCCGGCGCGGUCUGGUACAAGUAUCCACAUCGACCCUCUGGGGACAAGCGCUUGGAACGCACUUGUACACGGGUACAAACGUUGGUGCCUCUUCCCUCCUCAAACGCCAAAAGAACUAAUCAAGUUCCAACCAGGCGAAGGUGGCUUAAACAAAGGGGAGGCAAUCACUUGGUUCGUCUCCAUUUAUCCGCGCACUCGGCUACCCGAUUGGCCCCAGACGUACAAACCAAUUGAAUUCCUCCAACACCCUGGCGAAACAGCUUUCAUCCCUGGUGGCUGGUGGCACGUUGUACUCAAUUUAACUGACACGGUGGCUGUCACUCAAAACUUCUGCAGUUCUGUGAACUUUCGGUUGGUUUGGUACAAAACUGCCCGCUCCAGACCACGCUUCGCCAAAAACUGGCUUGCUUCUCUUCGUCAACAUCGACCCGAUUUGGCGGCAGUUGCCGAUAAUGUUGAUCUUUGUCAACGUCCAGACGGCCUUCCGAUCUCCUCUUCAUCGUCAUCUUCGUCCUCCUCUUCUACAAGCAGUUCUUGCGAGUGUUCCUCUUGUUGUUCCGAGUGUUCACGUAACUCGCGGUCUCGGAAGCGAUCCAGCGAACUCCAAACCAAUUCCUUUUCAAAGCGAAAAAGGAAGCUCUGACACACCAUGGAUGAAGACGGUGUCCAAGUAAUUCUGCCUGCUGUAUCCUACUGUCAUUUGUUCCAAGAGACGCCAGGAUAGAUGUGUAUCCCGCAGGAUCCGUGUUGUACCACACUUGCAGAGAGUAAAACACUUUCUACACCAGUGGUGGAUCCUGUUGUUACUCUAAUAAGUCGUUGUUCGCCAUUGUGUCUAGAGUGCGGGUGACGAGUAACUCUCAUUAGGUUUG